AUGGCCCGCACUUCGUCUACUUCCGAUGUACUUCUCUACCUCCUCGCCAUCCUCCUCCCACCCGUUCCUGUAUUCCUCUGCAGGGGCUGCGGUGCGGAUUUCUUGAUCAACAUCGGUCUCAGUAUCCUCGGCUGGAUUCCUGGAACUAUCCACGCGUGGUGGAUCAUCUCGAAGCAGGACCCUGCUGCACACACAAAGCGCUACUAA